AUGCUGGACGUCAUAAAAAUGCCUAGAAAACGGUUUAUAGAUAAGAAAAAUUCUAUAACUUUUCAUCUUGUUCAUAGGUCCCAAAAAGAUCCUCUGAUUCAUGAUGAUCAGGCGCCUUCAAGGAUUCUUGUUCCAGCAUUUUAUAGCAACAAAAAGAAGAUAUCUAAUGGGCUAAAUAUGAUUGAAAAAAGUCAAGAAAAUAUUUCAUUAGAAAAAAACAAUAAUGAAUCCUUAAAAAAGGAUGAAGGAGUAGAAAAUUUAAGGGAAAAUGUUGGGGAAGCUAUUUUAUAUGGUAUUUCAUAUGAUGAUACUAAAUAUGACUAUAUGCAACAUCUUCGUGGAAUAGGCAAAUCACCUGGUACAAUUUUAUUACAGAGACCUAUAGAUAAAAAGCUAAGCAUUAUUGAUGAGCUUCCAAAGGAAGUGUUUCCUUCGGAUACUGAGCAAAAAAGAAGUUAUCGGGAUCAACAAUCUAUUCCUGAUGAUAUAUCUGGUUUUCAACCAGAUAUGGAUAUAAGACUUAGAGAAGUUUUGGAGGCAUUGGAAGAUGAUCGUUAUUUAUCAUCAGAUGAGGAUGGUGAUCUAGAUGAAUUGAUAAAAUCAGGAAAAGCAGAUGAUUCAAGUGUUAUUGAGAAUUUGGAUACAGAUUGGGAUUCUGAUGAUACAAAGAUUUCUAAAGAGAUUCUUUCUCAAGAUUUACAUACAUAUAAUAAUGAUUCUAUUUUUCGUGAAUGUUUAAAAAAUAAAAAGAAAAAAUUUCGAAAACCACUGUCUACGGCUACUUAUUCUUCCAUAUCUAGUUCUAUACUUCCUAGAAGUGAGGCGUUAAUGCUUUUGGACGAUAGAUUUGAAAAAAUAAAAAAAGAAUAUGAUGAUGAUAUAAGUGAUAAAGAAUCAAAAGGAGAUUCUGAAAGAAUGGAUUUCGAAUCAAUAAUGGAUAAUUUUCUAGAUAAUUAUGAGAUAGUUGGGAAAAAAAUCGUUCCAAAAAUAUAUUCAAAAGAAUUCAAUAUAAAACAUUCUAAACCUAUGACAGAGUUGGAUGAAAUUCGACAAUUAAGAACAAAAAUAUAA